AUGCCUCCGGUCACCGUGACUACAUACACCACAACCACAGUCACGACAGCAACCCAGAUCUCCGUUCCUAUAGCUGCAGGAUUUGUACCGCUCGUAAGCUCGCUGCAAAUGCCGACGGCUGUGAAGCGGGACCUCAAUGACGGCUCCUGUCCCCUUGAGCCUGACGACUACAGGUACACGUCCGCUGUGAAGUGCAUGGCGAAGCUCACGAUCACACCCACGUCAACUUCGGCCGUCACUGCGGUCCCCACCACCAACACCGUCCUCGUACUAGUUGUCGCUGUGACAGUGACCAGUACCUUAACCACAACUUCUGUUGUCGUUCCCAGUGAUAUUUCCGUCACUCUAAGCUACAGCACUACCUUGACCCUGGCCACAAGCACAAUAGCACCUGCAAUCACCAGCACAGCGACAGCGACUCGAACAGUGACGACAACGACGACUACGGGUGCAAUCUAUGCAGCUUGUGCAACAAACAAUGUCGCUGGAGGGCAGAAUGUUUUUGGGCCAGAGUUUGGCUCCGCCGCUGGAAAAUCCGCCUCCGUACUCUCCCUCGGCAACAUGCCUACUAGGCGUAUAUCCGUCCACAUGGAUGCCCGGACCAGGAUUAAGAAACCAGUCCUUUCUACGCGCCAUCGGCAAAUUUGGGUGCACAAAUCAUUGCCAACGCUGCGAUCAUUGUCCCAGACACAAACAUGUGAUUAUCUCUUCGUGUAA